CUACCCAAAUCACCCAUGUCAAUCCCCCACCUCUUACAAAACAAUAUAAGUAGCCACAUUUCAAACCUACACCACCACAAAGAAUUCAGACAAACAUUUCUCUGAGUUUGAGUCCUGACAUUGUUGGCAAUGGGGAGUCUCGGGGUGCUCAAGAACACCACCACAGUUUGUGGGCAAUUGAUGAGCCGGAGCGUGGAGGAGAUGGUGAGUGAUAUGUUCAAGGCUAAGGCUCAGGGGGCUGACGUGGUGGAGCUGAGGUUGGAUUGUUUGAAAGGCUUUAGGUUUCCGCGUGAUCUUGGGUUGCUGCUCAAUGACAGGCCAUUGCCUGUUAUUGUUGUUUACAGGCCAAAAUCUGAAGGCGGUGAAUAUGAAGGUGAUGAAAACAUGCGGUUGGAAGUCCUUCGUGCAGCUAAAGAUAUGGGAGCGGAUUAUAUUGAUAUUGAGCUCAAGGUAGCUUUUGAUCUUAUGGAGGAACAAAAAUUCAAUCAGCGUGGUAGUAGCAAAAUAAUUGUAUCUUGUUUCUUGGAUACGUUGACUUCUGCAAAAGAAGAUUUGAGCCAGCUUGUUGCACACAUCCAGUCUACUGGUGCAGAUAUCAUUAAAGUUGUUUCCAACACAAGUAGUAUUACAGAGUUAACAAGGAUCUUUCAUUUGCUUUCACAUUCUCAGGUACCAUUAAUUGCGUACUCAGCAGGGGAGAGGGGUCUCAUAAGUCAGUUACUGGGACCAAAAUUUGGUGGUCUUUUUGUCUACGGAUCUAUUGAUGGAUAUCCAGUUCAGGGGCUGCCUACUCUACACAGCCUCAGACAAGCUUACGGAGUUGAGCAUAUUGAUGCAGACACCAAAAUUUUUGGGCUUAUCUCAAAACCAGUAAGCCAUAGCAAAGGCCCUAUAUUACAUAACCCUACCUUCAGAUAUGUUGGCUACAACGGGGUGUAUGUCCCAAUGCUCGUGGAUGAUCUCAAAGAUUUUUUUUCAGUCUAUUCGAGUCCUGACUUUGCUGGUUACAGUGUUGGAAUUCCAUACAAGGAAGCAGUCAUGGAGUGUUGUGAUGAAGUUCAUCCACUUGCUAAGUCUAUAGGUGCUGUCAAUACAAUUGUACGAAGAUCUAGUGACGGGAAGCUUAUUGGUUACAAUACAGAUUGUGAAGCUUCUAUAACUGCAAUUGAGGAUAGUAUUAAAGUUUUAGGAUGCAUUAAUGGAGAAGCUUUGCUUCCAUCUCCAAUUACUGCGAAACAAUUUGUUUUGGUUGGUGCUGGAGGUGCUGGAAGAGCACUGGCUUUCGGUGCCAAAACCAGGGGAGCAAGGGUCAUCAUUUUUGAUAUUGAUUUUGAUAGGGCGAAGUCCCUUGCACAUGCAGUAUGUGGAGAAGCUCGGCCUUUUAAGGAUUUGGCCAACUUUCAACCAGAAAAAGGAGCAAUCCUUGCAAAUGCAACGCCCAUAGGAAUGCAUCCAAGCACAGAUCGAAUUCCGGUGGCUCAGGAAACUUUAAAGGAUUAUAGGUUAGUCUUUGAUGCUGUUUACACGCCUAGAAAGACCACGCUUUUAAGAGAUGCAGAGAAUGCUGGAGCUCUUAUUGUCAGUGGAGUUGAAAUGUUCCUUAGGCAAGCCAUUGGCCAAUUUAAUCUUUUCACAGGGAGCAAAGCACCAGAAGAUUUCAUGCGCGCAAUUGUGAUGGAAAAAUUCUGACGGCAACAUUGUAGCAGCUAGCAACCAUUAUAUUGUGUUAUCAUUCAUUUCAUUGAUUGAAAAGUUCUGAUAUUUAAACUAUAUUAUACACGUAAUUUGCAGCUUGAAAGUCUUGUAUUGCAGUCCCCAAGGGACCAUUUCUGACUUUGUAUGAGCACCUGUUGUAAAGGACAAUCAUAGAGAUAUCUUACGUGAAUUUGUUCUGAAA